CAUGAUGAUAACAAUAAACCUUGCAAACCCCUUAUCGUCUUCUCAAUUCUCAAAUCUCAACGACAGCAAGUAAAAAAAGUAGGGUUUAUUGUCUACACUUGAAAUUACUAUCGAUUAUGAUGCAAGGAACCGGAGUAUCAAAGUCCAUCGGUGCUUCGUCUACUGCCGCUCCUCCUCCUCCGCCUCCGAUAAGGGGAGUAGGAUUGGGACCAAGAGCAACAAUGGCGGACGAAAAGGAAAACGCACGCAAAGGAUUAGCGAAGAAGAAGCUACCAACCGCAAAGGAGAUGGUGGCACAUUACGAGUCCCAAGGGAUGCAACCUCAGGAAGCCUCUCUCAAAGUCAUCGACGAUCUGCAAAAUCUUCUCCUGAGAGUCGUCAACACCAGCAAGAAAAAUAAUAUGGACGCCAUCAACAACCGCCUCCUAAGGCUUGAAUCGAAGUUGGAUUCCAAGCCUGGAUUCCCCCAAACCCUAGCCAUCGGUGUAUUAUCUGGAACAGUCGUUCAUGUCUUCCCUCAAGUGGUUUCUUCCGUCGCUCAUAUCUGGAAUUCUGUUCGAUCAUCUACUUCUUCUACAUGAUGAUGUACUUGUAUAUGUUUGAUUUCAGUUUUAAUUUUAUUGGCUGAUUUAUGGGGUACAA